GACUAAAAGGAAGCCCUUGCUCACCCUCCCGAGAGAAGAGCAGAGCCUCCCGUUUCCAUUGACGACAACCGCCGGUCUCUGGGUGGGUGGGUCGAGGUUAGAGGUUAAGUGGCGGGUCACGUGUCAGCUCGCCAACAUGGCGGUGCCAGGUCCUUAGGAGGAGUUUGCGUUGGCUGCUGCUAUCUCUGUCACCGACAGCUGAAAAAUCAUGCACGAGGGCAGCAAAACGAAGAAUAUGUUUUUGACUCGAGCGCUUGAGAAGAUCCUCGCCGAUAAAGACGUAAGGAAAACUCACCAUACCCAGCUCCGCAAAGCCUGCGAGGUGGCCUUGGAAGAAAUAAAAGCUGAAAUAGAAAAACAAAGUGCUGGAGAGAAAAAUGUCUCAACACUGCCAAGGGCAAACUUCAUAGAGGCUGAUAAAUACUUUCUUCCAUUUGAGUUGGCCUGCCAAUCAAAAUCCCCUCGAAUCAUCAGCACAUCUUUGGACUGCUUGCAGAAACUGAUAGCAUAUGGACAUAUCACGGGUAAUGCCCCAGACAGUUCAACUGGAAAGAGAUUGAUCGAUAGAAUUAUUGAAACCAUUUGUGGAUGUUUUCAAGGAACUCAAACAGAUGAAGGUGUUCAGCUUCAGAUAAUUAAGGCACUACUUACUGCUGUGACUUCAACUCAUAUUGAAAUCCAUGAAGGAACAAUCUUGCAGACUGUCCGGACCUGCUAUAAUAUCUACCUAGCUAGUAAAAAUCUCAUUAAUCAGACUACAGCAAAAGCUACUUUGACACAAAUGCUCAAUGUUAUAUUCACAAAGAUGGAAAACCAAAUGGUACAUGAAGCUAAAGACCAAGAGAAAGCUAGGCAACAGCAGCAACAUCAUCUCCAGCAGUCUCCUGGACCUCACAGUUUAGUUGGAUCUCCACAACUUGAUAGCAUCGAACAACGUUCUACCAGACUGGUUUCAGCAGAGACGGAAGCAGAUCAGAUAAAUACCAUGCAACAAAAAUCUCAAGAUGGUGUUGCAGAGAUGGAAAAUGGGACAACAGUAGACAAUGUAGAAGGUGACCGUGUGGAAUGUGAUCAGUCUUCACAUAUUACAGGGAAUGCAGAUGCAAGUUCAGAGGAAGAUGUGAAAGCAGAAGAUAUUGUGGGACAAAUAUUGGAGGAAGUAGUGGCCGUUGUGACUGGAGAGGCAGAAGCAAAAGACCGUGAAAAAAAAUCUAUGGAAGCAGCUUUAGAAAAUCCGGCUCCUGUUAACUGCACUGAAAGCAUUCAAACCAAUGGUAUCCCUGACGAAUCAUUACCACAGCCUGAUGGUACCACAUUAAUAGAUAGGCAAUCUGCACCCUAUAAUGUUCAGGAGUCCGAAGCUGUGGUACCACUUCCAGUCAGUACUAAAUUCUCACAUAUAUUACAGAAAGAUGCAUUUUUGGUAUUCAGAUCCCUCUGCAAGCUUUCAAUGAAGCCUUUAAGUGAUGGACCUCCAGAUCCAAAGUCCCAUGAGCUGAGGUCGAAGAUAAUUUCACUGCAGCUUCUGUUGUCAGUUCUUCAAAAUGCUGGUCCAGUCUUCAAAACAAAUGAAAUGUUCAUCAAUGCAAUUAAACAAUACCUUUGUGUGGCAUUAUCCAAAAAUGGUGUCUCCUGUGUGCCAGAUGUGUUUGAACUUUCACUGGCUAUUUUUCUUGCACUUCUCUCACACUUCAAGAUUCAUUUAAAAAUGCAAAUUGAGGUUUUCUUCAAAGAGAUUUUUCUGAAUAUUUUGGAAACGUCCACCAGUACAUUUGAGCAUAAAUGGAUGGUCAUUCAAACUCUGACCAGGAUUUGUGCAGAUGCUCAGUGUGUCGUGGAUAUUUACGUGAACUACGAUUGUGAUUUAAAUGCUGCAAACAUAUUUGAACGUCUUGUGAAUGAUUUGUCGAAAAUUGCUCAGGGACGAAGUGGUCAGGAACUGGGGAUGACACCUCUACAGGAACUGAGUCUGAGGAAGAAAGGACUGGAAUGUUUAGUUUCUGUCCUAAAAUGCAUGGUUGAGUGGAGUAAAGAUUUAUACAUAAAUCCAAACCUUCAGACAAAUCUUGGUCAAGAGAAGUCAUCCGAGCAAGAGAACUGUGAAGGUAAACAUUUGGAAACUACACGCCGACGAGGGAGUACAAAUUCCUUUGACUCCACAAUAUCAUCAGGUAUUGGGAGUAUCAGUGCGCAGACAUGUUCAGCAGACGAUCCUGAGCAAUUUGAAGUCCUGAAACAACAGAAGGAUAUUAUAGAACAAGGGAUAGAUCUGUUCAACAGAAAGCCAAAGAAAGGUGUGCAGUACUUGCAAGACCAAGGAAUGUUGGGCACAACAGCUGAAGACAUAGCACAAUUUCUACAACAAGAAGAAAGAUUAGAUUCGAGUCAAGUGGGUGAAUUCCUAGGAGAGAAUAGUAAGUUCAACAAAGAAGUGAUGUAUGCUUAUGUUGAUCAACUGGACUUCUGUGAGAAGGAUUUUGUCUCAGCACUUCGUAUAUAUCUUGAAGGCUUUCGUCUGCCUGGGGAAGCGCAGAAAAUUGACCGACUCAUGGAAAAGUUUGCAGCAAGAUAUUUGGAAUGUAAUCAAGGACAGAUACUAUUUGCAAGUGCUGAUUCGGCAUAUGUCCUGGCCUACUCUAUUAUAAUGCUGACAACAGAUCUGCACAGUCCUCAGGUAAAGAACAAAAUGACAAAAGAACAGUACAUAAAAAUGAAUCGUGGGAUCCAUGACAACAAAGAUUUGCCAGAGGAAUACCUGUCUUCCAUUUAUGAUGAGAUUGCAGGGAAAAAAAUUGCCAUGAAAGAGACUAAAGAAUUUUCAGUCACACCAAAGUCUACCAAACCAAGUGUAGCCACUGAAAAACAGCGAAGACUUCUAUAUAAUCUUGAGAUGGAGCAAAUGGCAAAAACUGCAAAAGUCCUGAUGGAGGCCGUUAGUCAUGCACAAGCACCAUUUACAAGUGCUACACAUCUUGAACAUGUCAGACCAAUGUUUAAACUGGCAUGGACACCACUUUUAGCAGCAUUCAGUGUUGGCUUGCAAGACUGUGAUGAUCCUGAUGUUGCCUUUCUUUGCCUGGAAGGCAUCAGAUGUGCUAUUAGGAUAGCCUGCAUUUUUAGCAUGCAGAUUGAACGAGAUGCCUAUGUUCAAGCUCUGGCCCGUUUUACGCUAUUGACAGCAAGUUCUGGCAUCACAGAAAUGAAGCAGAAGAAUAUAGAUACUAUUAAGACACUUAUUACUGUGGCUCACACGGAUGGUAAUUACCUUGGAAAUUCUUGGCAUGAGAUAUUGAAGUGCAUUAGCCAGCUGGAGCUGGCACAGUUGAUAGGCACAGGGGUCAAGACUAAAUAUGUUUCUGCUUCUCUGCGAGCUAAAGAUGGAUUCACUACAAGUUCUGGAACUGGAGGAGAAGAAUUCUUAGGACUAGGUACCUUUGGCACUAUGGAUAAAAAACACAUAGCCAGUAUUCAGGAAUCUGUGGGCGAGACCAGCUCUCAGAGUGUAGUUGUGGCAGUGGAUCGGAUAUUUACUGGAUCAACAAGACUCGAUGGAAAUGCUAUUGUUGAUUUUGUACAUUGGCUGUGCGCUGUGUCUAUGGAUGAAUUGGGUUCACCUCACCAUCCACGCAUGUUCAGUCUUCAAAAGAUUGUGGAAAUUUCAUACUAUAACAUGGGUCGAAUCAGGCUUCAGUGGUCAAGAAUUUGGGAAGUGAUUGGAGACCAUUUUAAUAAGGUUGGAUGCAAUCCAAAUGAGGAUGUUGCCAUUUUUGCUGUUGACUCUUUAAGACAACUGUCAAUGAAAUUUUUGGAGAAGGGAGAGUUGGCAAACUUUCGGUUCCAAAAGGAUUUCUUGAGACCAUUUGAGCACAUAAUGAAGAGGAACAGGUCACCAACGAUAAAGGACAUGGUCAUUCGGUGCAUUGCGCAGAUGGUAAAUUCACAGGCUUCAAAUAUUCGUUCAGGAUGGAAAAAUAUUUUCUCCGUAUUCCACCAAGCUGCUUCAGACCACGAUGAACCGAUUGUGGAGUUGGCGUUCCAGACUACUGGGCACAUUAUCUUGGAUGUUUUUAAGAAGCACUUUGCGGCAGCCAUUGAUUCAUUCCAGGAUGCUGUGAAAUGUUUGGCGGAGUUUGCUUGUAAUGCUGCAUUUCCUGACACCUGCAUGGAGGCUAUCCGACUUAUUCGACACUGUGCAACAUGUGUAUCUGAGCGACCACAAGCACUGAAGGAAUACACCAGCGAUGACAUGAAUGUUGCUCCUGGAGAUAGAGUAUGGGUUCGAGGAUGGUUUCCAAUUUUGUUUGAGCUUUCCUGUAUUAUUAAUCGUUGUAAAUUGGAUGUCCGUACAAGAGGACUUACUGUGAUGUUUGAAAUCAUUAAAAGCUAUGGCCAAACAUUUGAGGAACACUGGUGGCAAGAUCUAUUUAGGAUUAUCUUUCGGAUAUUUGAUAACAUGAAACUUCCGGAGCAGCAAACUGAAAAGUCCGAAUGGAUGACAACUACAUGUAAUCAUGCACUUUAUGCUAUUUGUGAUGUUUUUACACAAUUCUAUGAAGUUUUAAAUCAUGUCCUAUUGGAUGAUAUAUUUGCUCAGCUACAUUGGUGUGUACAGCAAGAUAAUGAACAACUUGCCCGAUCAGGAACAAAUUGUUUAGAAAAUGUGGUCAUACACACUGGUCACAAAUUCAGUCCUUUAGUCUGGGAUAAAACGUGUGCUUGCAUGCUGGGCAUUUUCAAGACCACUAUUCCCCAUGCCCUUUUAGCAUGGCGACCCAUGGGCAUGGAAGAAGAAUCUUCUGAGAAGAAUUCAGACUUAGAAGUUGACCGUCAAUCAGUCUGCAGUACAGAGCGAAACCUUUCUGAAAAAGGUCAAAGCCAGGUAUCUAACACUAGUGAUGAAAUGUGGAAGAAUAGACCACAUGCAAAAAUAUCUGAUCAGAAACUCUUUGCUGCCCUCCUCAUCAAGUGUGUCGUGCAGCUGGAAUUAAUCCAAACAAUAGACAACAUUGUGUUCUUUCCAGCAACAAGCAAAAAGGAAGAUGCUGAAACUAUGGCAGCCGUACAGAAGGAUUCAAUUGAUGCUGACAUUCAUAUAGAUACUCGAGACCAAGGAAUGUAUCGAUAUAUGACUUCACAGCAGCUUUUUAAACUCCUGGAUUGUCUAUUGGAAUCUCAUGCAUUUGCAAAGGCUUUCAACUCAAAUAAUGAACAGAGGACAACAUUAUGGAGAGCAGGAUUUAAGGGCAAAUCUAAGCCUAAUCUUUUAAAGCAGGAAACCAGCAGUCUUGCCUGUUGUCUUCGUAUACUCUUCCGUAUGUACACAGAUGAAAAUCGGCAGGAUUCUUGGGACCAAAUUCAGAAACGACUAUUGAAGGUUUGCAGCGAGGCCCUUGCCUACUUCAUAACACUGACGUCUGAAAGUCACCGUGAAGCGUGGACAAACUUGUUACUGCUUUUCCUCACAAAGACUCUCAAAACUAGUGAUGAAAAGUUUAAGAUCCAUGCAUCAGCAUACUAUCCAUACUUGUGUGAAAUUGUACAGUUUGACCUCAUCCCUGAACUGAGAGCAGUUUUACGCAAGUUCUUCCUACGCAUCGGCUUUGUAUUUCAAAUCUGUUGUUCAGAGGAUCAGCCACAAGAAGAUACUACAUAACAAAAAAUCAGCAUGCAUUUCUACUCUAAGUCUGUAAAUUGAGCCUCUGUAAAUGUAAAUGUAUUACCUGUUGUAGUCAAAGAAAAUAUUAACUUUUGGAGCUAUUUUUGAACAUUAUAUUAGAUAAGCCCAACAUCAGUGAUGUGUAGCUUGUAUAAUUUCCUGACUCCUUGUGUAUUUCUAUAGUUUGUUUUUUUACUUCUGUUUGUCUUAAAGGAAUGUCUGCUUUGUUUCUACUAUGUCUUUAAAAUACCCACUUAACCAUUUCAGGGACUUCAAAUUGUUAUGUAUGCCAAUAUUAUGGGACACAAAUAUUUACUGUUUUAAGACAGUAGAGGUAAAUAUAUUGUUGGACACGGUACAGUGUAAAAUGAAGUCUUUAAUAUCACAAAAAUGUAAUGGUUUCAGUGCUUUUAAUUAGUAACUGUUCAACCAAGAAAUCUAUAAUUUUGAAUUACAGUUGUGAUGUGCCAGAAGCACAAUAACAUUAUUUGCUUAUUGUGAGAAUGUUGGUAAUUGAAAGGUGCAGAGAAUUUGAGACAAAAAUGGCAAUUUUCAAUAUUUCCUCAUUGUACAAUUUUAGUUUUGUUUUGAGUGAAUGUGGUGAAGCUCAGAUGUUUUGAUUUCUGCUUGCAGAGAUGCUUUGGAGUUUACACAUUCCAUUCCCCCCUUUAAAUUAUGACAAUAGAUCUUAGAAAAGCACAAUUAUAAAUUUGCAGUAAGGGAACAAUAUUAAUACCUUUUGAGAAUGAAGCUUGAUUUCAACUUGGCUAUUCUAGGACAGGGAAAGGAACUUUACAAUAUACAGAUUAUACAAAAUCUGUCCCAUCUGGCAAAAUUUCUUAACUGUGUUGCUCUGAAUAGCCAGGGAAAUACAAUCCUAUUUUUAUCUCUUAACGAAGGGUCCCUGAAUCCUGUAGCACCUCCAGGCCAAAUCCUGCAGUAUGAAUGUUCGUUGUGUCUCGAACCUAUAGGAUUUGUCAAUAUCUCAAUGUAAUUAUUUUCAUAAAACUAUACAAAAGCUGUGCUUUAUGCUCGUUAGGGAAACUACAUGUUUAACCAAUGAAAAAAGUUAGUUGUGCUUAGUCUCUGCUCCCUCACAACAAUUAUUACUUAAGACAUAGCCUGACUUUGCGCAAUAUAUUAACUAGCAACUAGAUAUUAAGCAGUAUAUAACAAGUAACUAGUAGAUCAAUAUCUUAUGUUCUGAAUUGUAAUUUUGUUCACUGACACUAAUGUACAUGCCUCCACUGAUGGGUAGCUUGUUGAUUUCCUUGGAUUUCAUGUCCCACAAUUUAUCUGUUAAAGUCCUGUGAAUUUCUUAAAAACAUGUUUUGAGCAGAUUUUGAUGGGUCCUUUUAAUACUGCUGUGACCUAAUCAUAAAGUGCAGGUGUUAGAAAGCCUGUAACAAAUUUAACAAAUUUGCAGCAUUUAACAAAUCUGGCAAAUUUACAUUGGGCUUGCUGCAAUCUUGAGACCUGUGUUUUGGGAACUGACCAUGUAGAAACUUCACUGGUGCCACGCCCUAUACAAACUGCAUGUAAAACAGACACUUGAUACUUACUACAAUUUAAACUGUAUGCAAAUUUGGUUUAAAAAAAACUAUUAAGCACUGGCAUAGGAAUGAUGGUAAGAAGAUAAAAGGCAUUUGACUUAAUUAUUAGUAUCAGUUGAUCAGAUAGUGGUUUCAGUAUGUUUACAUUAGAGAUAACUUGAAAGAAAAUAAAGAAAAUCCAUGGUGAUUGACUUCCUGUGAAGUGUGAAUUCCCACAAGCCUUUCUCUUGUUUCCGUUUACGCCAGUAUCAGUAACAUGCCAAUCUCUUCAAAAGCAAAGAACCAUUUUUAUAAAAGCAGUAAAUGAUGUAAAAUGCUUACCUAAAAGGUUGUUUAAUUUAUAUCUUAAGUGCAAGGAAGUAUUCUAUUUAUACGCAGAAUAGCGACUCUUUAUUGAAGUCUUGAAAAUAUUGAUUUGCUCGAAGAUUUGUUUUAGCACCAAUGAUCUUAGUCGAGAAGUGUGAAGUCAUACUGAAGUGCAGUUGCACAAGCACUAUUUGCACUUUGACUGAGAGCCAUUACAAAUAUGUGAAACAACUCAGUGGUCAUCAGAUUAUUUGACCAUGAUGAGUAUUGUAAUCAAGCUAGAAACAAUGUUGUCACUGCCCUGGCUGAGAGCACACUUCUUGUGGAUUGAAGAUUCAAUCUGGGAUUUCCUGGUCGUCUUUUAUCUCUGAUCUUUUGAGACAGCUGUGGUGUAAACAUAUAUAAAUUGACACUGUUGCUUCAAUGAUUCACCAAGUAUAACUUGGACAAGCCACCAAGCUGAAAAUUUUAUUGCAAUAAAUGUGUAUAAUAAUUCAAAUGUUGUUAUUUACCAGAUAUUUGAGCAGUUCCUAGCUGGCUGUAACACCUCAGGAUAAGCUUGACCGCUCCAUGUUGUCUGGAUUUACAUUUAACACAGUGAGAUUGUUAGGAUAGUUUUAACUUAUGACUAUGUGUUUGCUGAUUGAACGUGCUCUGUGUUGAUGAGUGAGGACAUCAACACAAAAAUGAAGAUUGUGAUGUAAUAGAAAGGUUUUCUAAGUCAAUAGGUCUAAGAAAUAAUGAUAAAAUGUCUCAAAUUAUAUGGGAAUUAAAUGGGUAUUUUAAAUGGCUUCAUUUGUCAUAUGUGCUGUUGGCUUGACCAUCAAUGCAAAUUCUUCUAUAUAGUAACUUUCUAAAACACCAUGUCAAAAAUUAUACUUCCAAAUUGUCUAAAGGUAAAAAUGAAAGAUUGUGCUGUAGUACUAAAUUUAUUUUCCACAGAAUAUACAUAAAUACAAUCAACAUUAGAGUUCGUCAUCGAAUUUUUGCUUAGCUAAAAUCCUGCUACUUUUUUCCUGAUUCUUGCUUUGUUUGACUUUGUUUUAAUGGUAUGGGUAGUGGCCACAUAAUUUGUUUUUCUUUUAAUAAUCAGGUAAUUUAGAUAUGAAUGUAAUGAUUGACUGAAAAUGGCAGCAGUACAUUCAAUAAUUCUGUUCAAUUUUAUACUUGCGUGGUAUGUCUAGCAAUGACAUUUAUAACCAAUGGAAAAGCUUUUACCAUGUAAAUGUGCAGGCUUAUUUGCUUAUAGUUCGAGAAUUAGUUUGUUAACGAGUUCCAUGAGCCUUUUUUUACCCCAAUUCCUGCAAUUGGUUCACUUAAACAACUUAUGAACUUUGUAAGCACUAGAAUAGCAUGCUGACUUGCAAUAUCUUGCAAAAAUGUAGCUACUGCUGCUAGUCUCGUGCGAUCGUGGUAGGCAUGCGAUGCUCACCACCUGCAGUGUAACCACCUGAAUAAGCCCCAGUUUUCACUUAGAAAGAUUAACACUAAUGCAGCCAGGCGUGCUUUAAUUUUUUAUGUCGAUUUGUCUCAUUGGCUUUUCUUAAUCAGCAAAAUUGUUUGCAGAACUUGCUGUUUGUUAUGGAAAAUGAGGUGUUGCUGCCUAUUCACCAUGCUGUUGGAUGGUGGAGCCAUCGUUCCUCAUUUUCAGUACUGUUCUGAGGCUAUUGGAGAUGCAAUGUAACCUCAGCCAGGCACCAAGUACUUUGACCUCUGGAUAAAACAUAUUAGCACUUUCAUGAUUUGAUUGUCUAGUGGUACUUAUGCAAUCAUAGUCUCCAACUGAAUGAACACUGGCUAUAUUUUGUUUAUAAUUUAGUUUUGAAUGUGAGUUCAAGUAUUCUGUGCAACCAAAGCAGGAUAAAAUGAUGAACAUGUGACAGUUGCAUUUCAUGUGAAUGUACUCUUGUAUCAUAGGUUGUUACCAUGGUCUCCUUGUGUAUUCUCGCCAGCAAAUGACAUUUUGUACAUUGAUCGAGCAUCAUUGCAUUAAUCAGUGUUGCAUUUGUUGCUCCUCACUGCUCCUCACUGCUCCUAAAGACAUUAAUAGUUGCCUCUUGUAGCUCAAAGUGGGUGAUGUGAAAUCAUAAGUGUUAUUCCAGUCCUCACCAAUAUGUGUAUCUGUGACUUUUCAAGGUGGGAUCACUGAAUCGUGAUCCAGGCCAGGGUCUCUUUCUUUCCCUAUCCAACAACUACAAUAAGCCCCUUGACUGUCUGCAGUUGUGAUCACCUAACUUUUUAAUAAAAACAGAACCUUGCUAUUUUACAUGACUUAGUACCAGACCAGGUAAUGUCUUUUCAAUGAGUCCUCAGGCACGACUCUUCUCAGGUUAUUUCAUUUGAGAAUUCCCAUUUGAAGAAAUAGCACAUUCCAGGCUGUAAUGUCAAAAGAAAUCUUUGCCACCCUAAUUUAAAUAAGUUUGAUUGCUUGGAUUAAAUUUUUAAUUUGGAAUUGUAGUCAUGUAGUAUGAAUUCAUAUGCUAGAUGAAUAGUUAUUUUUCUGGCACCAUUGAAAGUAUAAAAAGAGCGCUUUAGUUAUUACCCCAGAAAUUCAGUUAAUGGAAACAAUAUGUCCAUGGUGUAAAUUAAAAAGAAUAACUAAAUCCUGAAAAUUUGAACUGAUAAUUACCGUAUCCAAUCGUAACUCCAUUUUGAUGUACUAUUUGGACUGCUCGUAUGCAGAAUGUUACGUUUACAUAUUUAAGUUCCAAUACGUUUAUGGAGACGAUGUAAAAGUAAUUAUUCAUAGGUUUUACGAAUGAUAUAUAUAACUGUGAAGUGCAUUUAAAAAUACAUUAUAAUUUAAAAGCAUUCUUUGCCACUGUGGAUGUAUAAAUAUUUUGGAAAAACAGAUCAAAUAUAUAAGAAAUAACUAUUGUAAAGUUUUCUAUUUCAAAAUAUUCUGUAUAAUACUAAUUGGAAUAAGAUAAUCCAUUAAUAAAUCAAUGAGGUUUUACACCUAAGUUGCUCACUACAGUUGAUGAAAACUCAAUUAUUUGCACUAGUGUGCUUCUAAGUGUAUGUGAUAAGAUGAUUUAUGUGACAGAUUAUAAAGUUAUUGCCGAUUCCA